AUGUCGGAAACUGGCACUCGAUGGAUUCCGUUGGAAAGCAACCCUGAUUGGUCCCGUAAAGUCGGCCUUGUCCUCUCGCAAGAUGAAUUCACGGAUGUGUAUUCGGUUGUCGAAGAGGAGCUUUUGGCGAUGGUACCACAACCUGUGAAGGCGGUGGUUCUGCUCUUCCCGAUCACGGAAGCCUUUGAAACGAAAAGGAAGGAGGAAGAUGCGGCGUUGGAAGCGGGAAAGCUGCCACCUGUUGAUUCUACUGUGAUUUGGAUUAAGCAGACGAUCUCGAAUGCCUGUGGAACUCUGGGUCUUCUCCAUGCACUAAUGAACUCUCGUGUAACUAUAGCACCCGAGAGCACGUUGGCCAAGUUCAUUGAUCAAUGCAAAGAGAAAACUCCAGAGGAAAGAGCCAAAUUGCUCGAGACCACACCUCUAUUUGCAGAUGCCCACCGUACAGAAGCAAGCUCGGGACAGAGCGCCGUGCCGAGGAAUCUGGACACAGAUUAUCACUUUACCACUUUCGUCCUUGCGCCGAGCGAGGGGGAGCCAGGAAAGACGAAAGGUAUGGAAGGACACCGUCUUGUGGAGCUUGAUGGUCGGCGUGCUGGGCCGGUUGACAGGGGACCCAGCGAAGAUCUUCUCAAGGAUGUCGCUGCGUUUGUGCGGGAGAAGUUCCUCGCGCAGUCGGACAGUGUGAAUUUGAAUGUUAUGGCGUUGGCGCCUCCGCAGGAGAAGUGA